UGGUGCUUGAGAGCAAGUUUACUUUCUUAUUGUAUGCAAGAAGUUUGUGAGCAGAUUGUAACUCACAUACUGCACUAUGAAAUGAUAAGGCUGGUCGUACUACGUCUGCAAAGGAGGCAAGCCUGUGUGAUUACUGUAAUUAACUCAAAUAACUGAGGUUUCAUAUUCUAACGAAACAGAACUUUGACGCGCUGCAUCUAAACUUUCUUCUUCUUGACAUUUUUUUGCCAAAUUCGUAGUUAUUCAUCAUCAAGUAUUGCACAAAUAUGCAACUGGAAGCAUCUAAAAUAAUUCCGCUACAAUUUUUAGUGUUGAUAUUAAUAAAGUUUCUUACAUAAAUUUGCGAUAUCGAAUGCUUAUAAGAUUAGUACGAUUGUGUAGGCCAAGCGGUAUAAUGUAUUUCUGCGAUUAUAUAAAAAUUAAAACAGGCAACACUGUGCUUGUUUAUAAAUAACAGCUGUUUAAUAACAGCUAAUCUAUUAAGCAUAAAUUACCAGCGAACGACUAAAUUAAGUAAAAACAAAAGGUCACAUCGUAAAGAAUUUGUAAAAAUAUUGCAAGCGAUAGCAAAAUUAUGAACGAGCAAAACGCUUUAAUACAAAAACAAAUUCUAUCACCGGGUGAGCAGUACAUUCCGUUAACGAAUGGCACCCGGGUAAAAUUCCAUUUCCAAACACGUAAAGCGAAAGAUGGUAUUGUUGUCGAUGAUAGCCGUAAAAUCGGCCAAUUAAUGCAAUUGGUGUUAGGCAAAAAAUUUAAAUUAGAAGUCUGGGAAGUUAUGGUACAAAAAAUGGCUUUAAAUGAAGUAGCUAAAUUUACUGUGGAUAAAACGUUGGUUACGCAGUAUCCAUUUGUCUCGAAAACUCUUCGUGAUAUGGAUAAACCGAAAAAGAAUUCUCAUCAUUGUUGCGGGUUAUCAUUACAAACUGAAGGUCUUGGAUAUAAAGAUUUGGACGAACUUUUAUCGAAUCCUUGCGAUUUGGAAUUUAUAAUUGAAUUGAUUUCUGUAGAACUGCCCGAGGAUUAUCAAAAGGAAACAUGGCAAUUAACGGACAAUGAAAAACUGAACACAGUUACAAAACUGAAAGAACAGGGCAAUCAAUUGUACAAAUCGGGUGAUUACGAAAAAGCCGAAGAAUGUUAUCGACAAGCAGUAAGCAUAAUUGAACAGUUAAUGCUAAAAGAGAAACCGCAAGAUGUCGAGUGGCUGGAUCUAGCUAAGCUUAAAAUUCCGGUUCUCUUAAACUAUGCUCAAUGCCGUCUUCUAUCUAAUGAUUAUUACGCAGUCAUAGAGCAUUGUAGUGAAAUUUUGCAGUUAGAUCCUGAUAAUGUGAAAGCCCACUACCGGCGAGGCAAGGCGCACUUUGGAGCUUGGAAUCCGAAAGAAGCGCGUAAAGAUUUUCAACGGACGGCCGAGUUGGAUCCGAUGUUACAAAAAGUAAUUGCAAAGGAGUUAAAAGCUAUUGAUAAAGCACAACAAGAACGAGACUUACAGGAUAAGAGAAGCUUGCAGCAUUUGUUUUAGUAAAGAAAACUUUUAUGAUAUAUUUUCGAUUCUUUUUUUUUUUCUUUUUUUUGGAUAAAUGUAUAAUUUUUAUUAAUUUAUUUAAUAACUUCAAUUGUAUAAUUGAAUCUACCAUUAGUUUUUUUCCCCUUUUCUUUUUUUAAGUAAAACAUGAUUAUUUUAUUGAUUUUAUAUAAUUAUCGCAAUAAAUUUCAAUUUCACUAACAAAGUAUUAUAUGUACGUUAAAUGUAUUUAGGAGUGUAUGAAAGUGUGCCAAUAUUCAAUUAUGAAUGCGUUAUAAUAUCAUUAAUUUUUAAUUAACACUAUUUUUUUUUCCUACAAAUUUUUAAGUCGCGA